AUGGCAAGAACACGUCUUCCUCCUGGAUUCCGCUUUCAUCCCACGGAUGUUGAGCUGAUUAUGUACUACCUCAAGAGGAAGGUAAUGGGAAAGAAGUUCCAUGUUGAAGCUAUCUCAGAGUUGAACAUUUACAAGUUUGUUCCAUGGGAUCUCCCGGAUAAAUCAUGCAUGAGAAGUAAGGAUCUUGAGUGGUACUUUUUUUGCCCAAGAGAGAGGAAGUAUGCAACUGGCUCAAGAUUGAAUCGGGCAACGGAAAAUGGAUAUUGGAAAGCCACUGGAAAAGAUAGACCUGUUCUUUAUGAGAAACGAAUUGUGGGAAUGAUCAAAACCUUGGUUUUUCAUCUAGGGCAUGCACCGAAAGGGGAAAGAACAAAUUGGGUCAUACAUGAAUAUAGGAUUGAAGACGAAAAGUUAGCUGAUGCAAGAGUUGUUCAGUUCCAUGUUGAAGCUAUCUCGGAGUUGAACAUUUACAAGUUUGUUCCAUGGGAUCUCCCAGAUAAAUCAUGCAUGAGAAGUAAGGAUCUUGAGUGGUACUUUUUUUGCCCAAGAGAGAGGAAGUAUGCAACUGGCUCAAGAUUGAAUCGGGCAACGGAAAAUGGAUAUUGGAAAGCCACUGGAAAAGAUAGACCUGUUCUUUAUGAGAAACGAAUUGUGGGAAUGAUCAAAACCUUGGUUUUUCAUCUAGGGCAUGCACCGAAAGGGGAAAGAACAAAUUGGGUCAUACAUGAAUAUAGGAUUGAAGACGAAAAGUUAGCUGAUGCAAGAGUUGUUCAGGAUGCAUAUCUGCUCUGUAGAGUUUUCCAGAAGGGUGGUCUGGGUCCAAAUAAUGGUGCACAGUAUGGAGCACCAUUUAAUGAGGAGGAAUGGAGUGAUGGUGAAGAAAUUGGUGCUGAAUCCUUACCAUCUGAUGGUGCUGCCCUUUCGUUGCCUGAUAAUGGAACAAAUUCUGUUGUGACAAGCACAAUUGUUCCUGGAAGUACAUGUAGCUGGUCAGUAUCUGAACCAGGUCCAUUGUCAGUAGUGCCUUUGGCGGACAAGGUCCCUUCAGAUGUCCCAGAUGAAGAUAUUCUUUCAUUGUUGGCCAUGUGCACAGAAGAUAGCCUUCCUAUUGAGAAUGGCAGUACCGAGGAUGCAUAUCUGCUCUGUAGAGUUUUCCAGAAGGGUGGUCUGGGUCCAAAUAAUGGUGCACAGUAUGGAGCACCAUUUAAUGAGGAGGAAUGGAGUGAUGAUGAAGAAAUUGGUGCUGAAUCCUUACCAUCUGAUGGUGCUGCCCUUUCGUUGCCUGAUAAUGGAACAAAUUCUGUUGUGACAAGCACAAUUGUUCCUGGAAGUACAUGUAGCUGGUCAGUAUCUGAACCAGGUCCAUUGUCAGUAGUGCCUUUGGCGGACAAGGUCCCUUCAGAUGUCCCAGAUGAAGAUAUUCUUUCAUUGUUGGCCAUGUGCACAGAAGAUAGCCUUCCUAUUGAGAAUGGCAGUACCGAGAUUUUUAACUAUAAAUUUGCUGGCACCAUGCUUACUUUUUUGUUUGUUGUGGGAGGGGGUGGGGUGGGCAGCGGAGGUCUGUUAGGGAUAUGUUUCAGUGAACUUUUCCGGUAUGUGGUAAUAAGUAGCGCUGCCAGUGAACCAAGUGAAGAUGAGUAA